AUGCUUACCUUCUGCCUGGCGGAUGCAGGAAAUGCAUUCCUUGUUCCUUCGCCUUAUUACCCUGAGGAUGUCAAAUGGCGAACUGGGGCGGAGAUUAUACCUGUUCCUUGCCGCAGUGCAGACAACUUCAGUUUAAGUACAAUAUCCCUUGACCGAGCAUUCAAUCAGGCAAAGAAACGCGGUCUUAAAGUUCGUGGAAUCAUAAUUUCAAACCCUUCAAAUCCUAAAAGANUGGAGAUUAUACCUGUUCCUUGCCGCAGUGCAGACAACUUCAGUUUAAGUACAAUUUCCCUUGACCGAGCAUUCAAUCAGGCAAAGAAACGCGGUCUUAAAGUUCGUGGAAUCAUAAUUUCAAACCCUUCAAAUCCUGUGGGCAAUCAUCUCAAUCGGGAGGCACUUUACAACCUUUUGGACUUCGCAACAGAAAAGAACAUUCACAUAAUCUCCAACGAAAUACUAGCAGGGUCCAAUCAUGGAAGUGAGGAGUUUGUGAGCAUGGCAGAAAUCAUUGAUUCAGAAGAUUUUGACCGGAACAGAGUUCACAUAGUUUACGGUCUAUCCAAAGACCUCUCUCUUCCGGGUUUUAGGGUCGGGGUACUCUAUAGCUUCAAUGAGAAUGUCCUUGCUGCUACUAAAAAGUUGGCAAGAUUCUCAUCCGUUUCAGUUCCAACCCAGCGGCUGCUUGUCUCUAUGCUCUCAGAUACCAAAUUCAUUCAGAAGUUUAUCAAAAUAAAUAGAGAAAGGCUUCGCGGGAUGUAUUCUAAGUUUGUAACUGGGUUAAAACAAUUGGGUAUUGAAUGCACGAAGAGCAGUGGGGGCUUCUACUGUUGGGCGGAUAUGAGUGGCUUGAUCCGCACGUAUAGUGAGAAAGGUGAGCUUGAGCUCUGGGAUAAGUUGUUGAACGUUGCUAAGGUUAAUGUAACUCCUGGAUCUUCCUUUCACUGUAUUGAGCCUGGGUGGUUUCGCUUCUGUAUUACAACUAUUAGUGAAAAGGAUAUUCCUCUAGUUGUGGAACGCAUUCGGAAAGUUUCGGAAACCUGUAAAUCUCGCAGCUGA